GGCUUAAGUUACCACUUACUUGCUUUCUCAACGCCGUGUCCGCCGCUCGACUGGACGCCACCACCAUCAUCUUGUUGCAGCUCCGAGCUUUGUCGCUGUGCUUGCUUCCUUUAUUCUGGACGUUGUCGUUGUUACCUCGUCGUUAUCCUUGGUUAUUCCUCUUGUAGCUAAAAACUAAGUCACCAUGCCUCCGAAAGUACAGCAAAAGUCGAAGGAACAGAAAAUGGCCGCCGCCAUGGCCGGUGGUAAGGGAAAGAAGAAGAAGUGGUCCAAGGGAAAGUCUCGUGACAAGGUCGAUAACAAGGUCUUGUUCAGCAAGGAACAACACGAUCGCCUUCAUUCCGAAGUCCCCAAAAUGAAGCUCAUCACUGUUUCCUCGGUGGUCGAAAAGCUCAAGAUCUCCGGUGGGUUGGCUCGAAGAGCUCUUCGAGACUUGGCAGAAGAAGGCAAGAUUCGACCUGUACUGCUCUCUCAAUCACAAAUGAUCUACACACGCAAUGUUGGAGAGGAUGAUGAAUAGAUGACUAAUAAUGUGUUAACAAACAACAAUAUACAACCCACAUAAUCAAACGACUUCUAUAAACAAACCCCCUUACCAGC